UUUUGAGUCUCUUGUCUCUGACCUCAUUUUUCUUCUUAUUAUUGGGAGCUUAAUUUCUUCAUCAAUGGCCGCAACUAGAUUCCUCUCUCACAUUACGAUUUUCAAUUCCAAAAACUCCAACCUUUAUUCCAUCACCAUCCUCGCCAUUCUUUGCACCAUUUUCUACCUCAUUGGAAUAUGGCAACACUCUUUAGACCCCAUCCCCAACUCCUCCUCCUCACCAGUCUCCGGCUUCCUCUCCUCCUCCCCUUGCUAUUCCCUCCACACCGCCCAACUCGACUUCAUGCCCCACCACCUACCCCACGAUCCAACUCCCGUCACCGCGCGUGUCCCUCACUUCCCUCCUUGUAACAUCUCCUUCUCCGAGUACACCCCAUGCGAGGACGCUCGGAGGUCACUGAAAUUCGACAGGGACAUGCUCAUAUACAGACAGCGCCACUGUCCCGCAAAGAACGAGUUGUUAAAGUGUCGGAUACCAGCUCCGUACGGUUACAAGGUUCCUUUUAGAUGGCCUGAGAGUAGAGAGUUUGCAUGGUUUGCUAACGUUCCGCAUAAAGAGCUGACUGUCGAAAAAAAGGCUCAGAAUUGGGUUAAGGUGGAAGGGGAGAAAUUUAGAUUUCCCGGUGGCGGCACCAUGUUCCCUCGCGGAGCUGGUGCUUAUAUUGACGACAUCGAUAAAUUGAUAAAUCUCAAAGAUGGUUCCAUAAGAACAGCCAUUGAUACCGGUUGCGGGGUAGCGAGUUGGGGGGCAUACUUAUUAUCCAGGAACAUUAUAGCAAUGUCAUUUGCACCAAGAGACACCCAUGAAGCUCAAGUGCAAUUCGCUCUGGAACGUGGAGUCCCUGCCUUGAUCGGAGUCCUUGCUUCCAUUAGGCUUCCUUAUCCUUCAAGAGCUUUCGACAUGGCCCAUUGCUCUCGUUGCCUCAUCCCUUGGGACAACUAUGAUGGAAUAUAUUUAAUUGAAGUAGAUAGGAUCCUACGUCCUGGUGGGUAUUGGAUUCUAUCAGGGCCACCAAUCAACUGGGAAAAUCAUUGGAAAGGUUGGAAUAGAACGGCUGAUGAUUUGAAAGCAGAACAGUCUCGAAUCGAGACUGUGGCUAAAUCCCUGUGCUGGAAAAAAAUUGUACAAAAGGGUGAUAUUGCCAUUUGGCAAAAACCCACCAAUCAUAUCCAUUGCAAAGCAACCAGGAAGGUUUUCAAGCGGCCAAGGUUUUGCCAAACUCAGAACCCUGACAUGGCCUGGUAUACAAAAUUGGAGAAAUGUUUAACCCCAUUGCCUCAAGUAUCCGAAAUAAAGGAAAUUGCAGGUGGGCAAUUACCAAAAUGGCCACAGAGGCUGAAUGCAAUCCCUCCAAGGAUCAGCAGUGGAAGUUUAACAGGAGUUACAGGAAACAACUUCGUAGAGAACACAGAGCUAUGGAAGGAGAGAGUAGCAUAUUAUAAGAAUAUAGACUAUCAGCUAGCACAGACAGGGCGAUACCGCAACUUGUUGGAUAUGAAUGCAUAUUUGGGAGGCUUUGCAGCAGCUCUUGUCGAUGACCCCGUCUGGGUCAUGAACGCUGUACCCGUCGAGGCUGAUCAGCUCAACACUCUUGGAGUUAUCUAUGAACGUGGAUUGAUUGGAACUUACCAAAAUUGGUGUGAGGCAAUGUCUACUUAUCCUAGAACCUACGAUUUUAUUCAUGCAGACUCCAUUUUCAGUCUCUACAAAGACAGAUGUGACAUGGAGGAUAUUCUUCUAGAAAUGGAUAGGGUUUUACGACCAGAAGGCAGUGUAAUCAUUAGAGACGAUGUGGACGUGUUGUUGAAAAUCAAGAAAAUCAUAGACGUUAUGCAAUGGGAGGGAAGAAUUGCAGACCAUGAAAAGGGACCCCAUGAAAGAGAGAAGAUUCUUUUUGCAGUUAAGCAAUAUUGGACUGCACCACCAUUGGCACCCAAACAUGACCAAUAAGGAAUUAAUAAAGCUUCAUAGCUGCCAUAAAAACUCAUUCAAAGACUAAGGUCUAAUAUCAUUUGUAAAAACUCAAACCUAAAAGGAAACAAAGUCAGCAGGGGUUAUGGUACCUGGCGAAAAACUACAAAAGCUCAUGAAAAUAAGGCAAAACAGUCGAUGCUAUAUGAAUUCCAGAAACAAUGCUUCCUGUUUGCCUGUCAGACCAAGUUGGUUGAAACUUAAAGAGCAGUCAGCGGCACCAAAAGCACGGCGAGGAUAUGGCCUUACCUGUUAAUUAAUGGAAGUGAGUAACAAAUGACAAUAUAUAAUUAGUAGCUCAUAUUACAUUGUUAAUACCAUUGAGAGAACAGGAAAAAUAAAUCUAUGAUACCAAUUAGAGGAAUUGAAAAACUGAAACCUCAAUAACCACAUAAAGAGAUUAAACACAAAGACUAGGUAGCACUCACCACUCUGUAAGUCCCUGGCUUCACCACUUCCCCAACACCUAUGAAGUCAAAGAGAAGCUACAAUGGAAUGAAACAAAAAUCAGAAUAGGAAAUAAACGAAUCUAUAGUCUUAAAUUUCAGAAAAAAUUUUACCUGGAGCUUGUCUGACUUGCGAAAGCGACGUCCACGGCGGGUGCCAUCUGGAAUCCUAACAAGUAUAGUUAUUGCAUUCUCAUCAUCUAUUGCUGGCUCUGGUGGGAGUGAAGUACUUUUUGCUGACAUUACCUUGUUGACUUCCUGCCCUCAGCGAAAUAAACUAGUGAUUAGACUAUGUAAUUCACAAUCCAAAUCGGAAGUGAAUCUGUAACUAGGAUGAUCCUUUUAAAUUUAGAUAGAAAGGGGAUUAUUCAUGUUUAGAAUGGCAUUUCGUAUUGUUUAUUGAAACACAAGCCUAUUAGAUUUCUUAAAGAUAGACAUAGCAGUAUUUCAUCA